AUGGCCUCCAUCACGGAUUAUAUCGAUUUCUCCCAAACGAGCCUACAUUGCCCAAUCGCUGACGCUCCUUCAACAACAACAGUGGCUGCAGCCGCCAUUGCAUUCAAUCCCAUAUUCUGGAAAGCUAACCUAAAUACCCACGACAGCAUCGUCGCCCGCCAAGAAUACCGCAACCACUUCCUAACCCGCAUCUUCGGCAGCCCCUACAAUGGCUGCUACGUCCUCGCCGUCGCCAUCUUCUCCCUAGGCAUACUACGCGACCACCUGUACAACAGAGCGCUGGCUGACCAGCCUUUAUACCAGCCUGUCUCGCAGCCGUAUCUAGCCUACGGCCUUUUCACCACGGGGAAUACCCUCGUGCUCUCCAGCAUGUGGGCGCUGGGCCUCACGGGGACGUAUCUGGGCGAUUACUUUGGGAUCCUGAUGGAUGCGCCUGUGACUGGGUUCCCGUUCAAUGUCACGGGUUCCCCGAUGUAUUGGGGCAGCACGUUGAGCUUUUUGGCUGUGGCGCUAUACAAGGGCAAAGUGGCUGGUUUAUUGUUGACCCUGGAGGUGUUUGUGUGCUACUGGCUUGCGCUGAAGUGGGAAGAGUGA